GCGCUUUAGCCCUUUGGUGUGUCAAUUGGGCUCCGGCCUUUUGUUCCGCUGGCGCGCCGCGCGCCGGGGUUGCAAGCGGCAGCUUCGCUGGUACCGCUCCACGUUUACCUUCGCGGGGCCGUGUGGCACGAAAGGCAAUGACGGUGGACCUUACCGGAAAGGUUGCCUUUAUUGCAGGCGUUGCGGACACCACGGGAUACGGAUGGGCAAUUGCUCGGGAGCUGGCCAACGCAGGCGCGACCAUCAUUGUGGGCACUUGGCCACCCGUGCUGAAGAUGUUCAACAUGGCCCUGAAGAAGAAGGCAACUCAAGAGGCCAUGAAGUUGGACGAUGGAUCUCUGAUGGAGAUUGCGAAGAUUUACCCGCUGGACGCGAUGUUCGAUAUUCCAGAUGAUGUUCCAGAAGAUAUCAAGAGCAACAAGCGCUAUGCUGGAGUAGAGGGCUACACAAUCGAGGAAGUUGCAGAGGCUGUCAAGAAAGACUAUGGGAAGAUCGACAUCCUCGUGCACUCCCUUGCGAACGGUCCGGAAGUGACGAAGCCUCUUCUGGAAACAAGCCGCAAGGGCUAUUUGGCUGCGUCCUCGGCCUCAGCCUACUCCUUGGUCUCAAUGGUCCAGCGAUUCGGGCCCAUCAUGCCGGAGGGCAGCUCCGUCCUCUCUCUCUCCUAUGUUGCGGCAGUUCGCACAAUCCCCGGUUACGGAGGUGGCAUGAGCAGUGCCAAGGCUCAGCUGGAGUCCGACACAAGAACUCUCGCAUACGAAGCUGGGCGCAAGUAUGGCAUCCGAAUCAACACGAUCUCUGCCGGUCCAUUGAAAUCCCGUGCGGCCUCGGCCAUCGGUGGGGAUGGCGAAAAGACCUUCAUCGAGCGGGCAAUCGACUACUCAGUUGAGAAUGCUCCGCUGAGCGCUCCUUUAUAU